ACUUGAGUGGAAAGGUUCAGUUUAUGAGACAGCGGUCGGUUGAGAAAACAUUAAGGUUAAAAUUAACUGAAAAGCAGCUAAUAAAUGUUAUGUUUAGCAUCAUUAGCUAGCCGAGGCUAAUGUAAACGACGUGUGAAAAUGGAGGGGGUGAAGGUUGGGUGCUUUGGCUUGCUCGCUUCCAGGCAGCGAUUAAACCAGACUCAUCUGAUUUCCGGUUAUUUCCGUGGUGCAGUUUGUGUGCAGGAUUUGUUUUAUCGUGUUGUUGGACGCAAAACAUCGACAGCGACGUCAGAACCGGUGAUAAUCCGCGUCCCGAAGCGCAUGCAGGAGCGUGUAGACAGUGUGAAGCAGGUGAAAAGCAAACGCCUUGAUCAAGUGGCCACAGUCAAAGCUGGUAGACUGCUGAUAAAAAGUAAGAACCCACUGCUGAAUCAGUCUGUCAGUUAUACUCUGGGUAAGUUUGAAGAACCAGUCCUUACGUCAAAGGGAUGGAAGAAUAACAAAUCAUUUGGGGACUAUUUUACCAUCAACAGCACCCAGAGUGCUCCGCCGUUCCUCCCAGAGUCGAAGGAGGAGAGAAAACAGGAUGGACACGGUCAGAGACGAACUUUCAGUCACCUCCGUCUUUCCUCAGAGCUGGUCGAGACGCUGCAGAGUCACAACAUCACUCAUCCAACGAUUGUCCAGUUACAGACCAUUCCCAAACUGCUCCGGGGUCACAACGUCCUCUGUGCUGCUGAGACGGGCAGCGGAAAAACGCUCGCCUACCUCCUGCCUAUUAUCCACAAACUGCAUGAAGAGAUGCCCCUGAUGGAGUUGGGGUCAGAACAGAAGACACAAGCGGUGGUUCUUGUGCCAGCGAGAGAGCUGGCUGAGCAGGUGACAUCAGUUGCAAGGACUGUGAGCCGACCCUUUGGGUUAAAGGUUAAAGUUGUAGGUGGUGGAAAAGGAGUCGGGAGCAUCAAGGCAGCUUUCAGCUCUGGUCAGCCUCACGUCCUGGUUGCGACGCCUGGCGCGUUGCUGAAGGCACUGUGGAGACGCUUUGUGGAUCUGAGCGAACUGCGUUUUAUUGUAAUAGAUGAAGCUGAUACGAUGUUUGACUCCAGCUUUGUAGAAAUGCUCGAGAAGAUCCUGCGGCAAACCCAGGUUGCUGCACGUCUCUCCGAGAUAACCGGACCGACCCGAAAAGCACAGCUGGUGAUAGUCGGCGCCACUUUCCCCGGAGGGGUCGGCGAGCUCCUGGAUAAAGUGACUGACCUGGGCAGCUUGGUGACUGUUAAAAGCCAGAUGUUGCAUUACCUGAUGCCGCACGUCAAGCAGACCUUCAUAAAAGUGAGAGGCUCUGAGAAGGUUCUGGAGCUUCAUCAAGCCUUGAAGGAGGCCGAGUCUGAUCGGAAAGGCGUUUUGGUGUUCUGCAAUUCGGCUGCCACCGUCAACUGGCUCGGUUACACACUGGAAGAGAUGGGCCUGCGUCAUGCACGGCUUCAGGGAGAAAUGCCCGCCUCGAUGAGGGAAGGAAUCUUUCAGAGCUUCCAGAAAGGCCACGUUGAUGUGUUGCUUUGUACCGAUAUCGCUUCUCGAGGACUUGACACGCAAAGAGUGGGGUUAGUGGUUAAUUAUGACUUCCCAGAAUCUCAUACAGACUACAUCCACCGAGCAGGUCGUGUAGGGAGGGCAGGGGCCUCAGGUGGAGGACACGUCCUGAGUUUUGUUACCCAUCCAUGGGAUGUGGAGCUGGUGCAGAGCAUCGAGACGGCAGCCAGGAGGAGAAUGUGUUUACCAGGAAUGGAGACAGAGAUCCAGAAACCAAUUAAAACAUUAUCACAGGAGAGCAAAUGAUCUCAAACAAAGUCAUUCUCGCUGCUUGUGUGGGUUUUAAAAAAAAAUGUAAUUCAGAAUGCUCGUAAAAUUAUUCCAUGAAAUCAAGUCGUACGUGAGCUGAUAGCCAACGAGGCACGUAGCACUGAGUUGGCUAUAAGCCGUGUAUGAUGAGAUUGAGCGGAAUAACUUUUUUUUUUUUUUUUCCUAUCCAUAUUCACUGGAUUUUUGAGAAACAGCAUUUUUAUUUUUUUGCAAAUUCGAUAAACAAAAACUUUAUACAAAGCGUCCAACAAAAUCAUUUCCGCUUAGACGGACUUCUUAAAAACACAAAUUGACUGUGUGUGUGUGUUUUUUUUGUUUUGUUUUUUUUUUGUAGAAGGUGCUGUCGUGCCGAGGUAUACAAUAGCUUUAGACAUUUAUUUAAUUCUUCCUUGGACAUUUCAGUUCUGUAACUUUCAAAGUGGGUGGCACGGUAGUGUAGUGGUUAGCGCUGUCGCCUCGCAGCAAGAAGGUCCUGGGUUCGAGCCCCGGGGCCGGUGAGGGCCUUUCUGUGCGGAGUUUGCAUGUUCUCCCCGUGUCCGCGUUGGUUUCCUCCGGGUGCUCCGGUUUCCCCCACAGUCCAAAGACAUGCAGGUUAGGUUAACUGGUGACUCUAAAUUGACAGUAGGUGUGAAUGUGAGUGUGAAUGGUUGUCUGUGUCUAUGUGUCAGCCCUGUGAUGACCUGGCGACUUGUCCAGGGUGUACCCCGCCUUUCGCCCGUAGUCAGCUGGGAUAGGCUCCAGCUUGCCUGCGACCCUGUAGAAGGAUAAAGCGGCUACAGAUAAUGAGAUGAGAUGAACUUUCAAAGUUCUUUGAGCUUUUGAACCAGUCUAAAAAAGUCAACAAAUUUUAGUGCAUAAUGAAGAAUGUAAACAAACCGGCAAAAUGUGAAAUUUGUGAAAAAUGCUCUAAUAAUUCUUGAAAAAUAAAGAUACGUUCUUGCCAUCAAAUACUUUCUUUCCAUACUUUGUUGCUUUUUUUUUUUGUAUUUUUUGUGGUUUUAUUUUCGAGUCGAGUUUUUAUUUCGUCCUUGGUUGGUUCAGCAACACGCUCUGCCAUUUUGUUUUUCUUUACUCACAGUAUAUGACAGACCCUCCAGGAUUUCGUGUUGUUGCGAUUUGCAACUUCAACGCAAAUUCAACCAAUCCCCGUGAAUUCAGGGCGGUGCUGCAAAUAUAUCCAAUCACCGCAAAUUUGACCAAUCGUUGGCGUCGUCUUGAGGUGACGUCGACAAACAACCUUCCGCCUUACUUCCGUGUAUACGUUCAAGAGAAGCAGCAUGUGUGCAGUGUUGCCAGAUUGGGUGGUUUCCCGCCCAAUUGGGGGGUUUCAAGUGCAUUUUGGCGGGUUUUGAACAUAUUUUGGACUGGAAAACGUCAGCAGUAUCUGGCAACACUGCAUGUGUGAGUCAGUGUUUAUACUGUAUAGGCUUAAAUUCUGUUACUGAAAGUGUGUUAUGUUUACAGUGAAGGACUGUGUGCACUUUAUUUUUUUUACUUAAUACAAGAAAUUAAUGGAUGCCAACAUUUUUGCCAAAAUGGUAUUUUAUUUUCCAUUGUUUAGGCAGCUUCAGCAUCAUACUGUGAGAUUCUGUUCAAAUUGUUUUUUUCUUCUAUGAAGCCUGAGCCAUUUAUUUUAUUAGUUUAUAAUUAUUGUUUAAUUUAGUCUUCAGGAGAGACUGCCUGCACACAGUACUAGUAUUAAUAGUUUUUUUUUUUCUUACAUGAAAGCUGAGGCAUUUAUAUUAUAUUUUAAGGUAACUUCAUGUUGUGCUGUGAGGUUCUGUGCACUUUAACUUUUGAACCAACAGGUGCAUUUGGAUAAGUAAAGCCUAUUUUUCUGCAUUUUUGUAGUCCUGGUAAUCUUUUAGAUUGGUAAAGAUGUUUAUAGGACCAUUUCUCAGUGUCUUUGUUUUUUUAAUCAAUAGUUUUUCAGUAAUAACUUAAUGUUUAACAUAUCACUCAAUUUUAAUCACAAAAAGAGAAAAUCGCAACAAUUUCUCGCAACUUUCACUUCCUCCCGCAAUGUAAUCGCAACAAAAACCUAAAAAACACCGCAACUUUCAUCGCAAUGUUUUGGAAACCUCCGCAACAUCAGACAUUUUAGCCCGCAACAAUCACAAAAAAGGCCCGCGAAAUCCUGGGGGGACUGAUAUGAGCUGAUAUCCUAGUAGUAGAGUAGCCAAUCAGAGUGCAUGAUUGCUCAUUUCCAGUGACUGUGGAUGGAAUAAUCUUGUAUAUUAUUCUUUAGUUGAGUGCAAAAGUUUGCACCCCUAUAAUUGUUGGGUUAAGUGAAAACUGUACUUCCUGUUUUACAUUAAAUAAACAAAUGUUUAUUCCAAGA